GUUCACUUUUUAAUAUUGAAACGUUGGAUGGGACGGAAUUUUUUAUUUUACGUCCAUUACAUAAUAAAACUCUUUAGAAAUGUAUUUGAUCGUCUUGAUUUUAGUUUGUAUAGUUCUGUCCUCGAAUGCAGUACGUCUCCACAAGAUAUUCCAAUUUAUUGAUGGCUUCAAAUCGGAAUACAACCUUAGUGGUUGGCUUCAUAUCGGCAAUGAAUAUUCCGUUUUCAUUAAAGUACCAAAUCCUCAUGAUAAAUAUAUUACAUAUGAAUUAUAUGAGUCGAAGUAUGUACACGAUUUAGGGUCGUACAAGCCUAAAAUGUUGGCUGUUUCAAAAAUACCAGUGGAGUAUCUAAAGGAACAACUUAAAAUGUAUAGAAAAGAAUUGUAUAAAGCGAAGUAUGUUGAUAGUAAUACAGUACCUGGCACUCAAUUAAAGACGUUAAGAGAUUGGCAAAUAGAUCAGGCCUUAGAAAACAGUGGAGGGAAGAGUUUUGGUAAUAUAGUACCUGUAUUAAGAACUGUAUUGUGAUUGUAAAUAAUAUACAAUUUGUUAUAAUAAA